CAAAAAUCUCAACACCACGUAGUAAAUAUGGCUGAAGAAAAUCAUGAAUGUGCCUCGAAUUUUCAAAACUCACUUUUAUACCCAGAAGCAACGGAAGAUUGCGAAGUUGAUAUAAAUUUUCAUUAUAAUGUUAAAUUAACGCCAGAAAAGUUUGAAUCAAACCAAAUAUUUUUAAAUUAUCCUGAAGAAUAA